CUGACGGAGGGGGCGUCUCUUGCCAAAAUGGGUCUCGAGCAAUCCAUCUGACGAAAGAAACUGGUCCUGAAAAGAAGAUGCUACUCAUCUGCCUACUUGUGUACCUGUUCAACUUACACGCCACCUCAGGUCAAUUGCUGGGCAGAGAGCACAAGACGUACGCCGCCUCCGAAAGGGCGAACAACCUGACCUGCUUCAGCUGUGGCACCAUGGAGGAUGGUGAAAAUUGUGCCAAUCUGCCGCCCAACUCUUCGUACGUCUCGCAAAACUUUGUGCGAAAGUGUCCCGACGAGAUGCGAAUUUGCAUUGUGAAGCGAAUUUCGUACACAACAAGCACGGAAAACUCGAUCGCGGACCCAAAAAUGUGGUCGUUGGAGCGCAACUGCUCGAGCCGCUGCGAGCCGGGUUGCAUCGUGAUAGGCGAGCGCACCAAGUUGUACGCGUGCACCCAUUGUUGCGACACGCCCAUGUGCAACGUCGGCAAGGCCACGGCCUGUCGGCGGCCGGCGGCCAACCUGCUGCUGCUCAUGCUGGCCGCCCUGUCUCGCCUCCCCGUCUAAACUGCAAAAGUGAGCCAGAGAAAUGAAAAAGAUAAAAAAAAACUGCGCACAGAAAAAUAUGAAACGACCGACAGUGUUUCGACCUCGACUUCAAAAAGUCCCCCCGUCAAAAAUCCCCACACAAUCAAAAGCAGUUCAACGUUUAUAUUUGUAUAUUUGUCCGACGAAAUCGACUUUUGUUAAAAUGGAAAUUAUUGAAAUGGAAUUUAAUAAAUCCGAAUUAUUAUGUGAAUUAAAAUAUAAAUAUCACCUGUUAGUAUUCGACA